AUGUUUUUUCGAAGAUUAUCCCUACUGUAUGUCCUAUUGGGUGCGUUGGUGGUUGCUAUUAUCAUAUUCAAUGUUCUGAUACUAUCUUCCAGCGACUCUUCCACCACUGUUGUUAGCUCAAAAUAUGGUGGUGCUAAAUACUUUACUGGUGGCAAAUCUUCCUUGCAAGCCCACGUUGAGAAAGUCGAUAGUCAAGAAUAUGUUGACGAGGUAAUGAAGGAAUUAGAAGCAACCAAAAAGGAAGAAAUUUUGGUUGAAUUGAAAAAGUCAGUGGCUAAGACUGAAAAGCCAAAAAUUGUACAAGAAUUAAAGAAUGAACUUCGAAGAAAAUACAUUGAUGUUAUCCAACAAACGUUGAAGGACGAAGUGAAGGAAGAACAAACCAGUGAGUUUUUCAAACAUAACUCCAUGUCCUAUGCCUUAUUUGAGCAGAUGGUCAAUACGUAUGCUAAAGAACAUCAAACUGAGUUUAAACCAGCGGCAUUUUUAGAAGUUUUAAAGUCUGAAAUCAAGGAUUUCCCAUCUGAUUUUGAACAGAGAGUUACUAAAGCUUGUGAUCGGUUCUUUGAUCGAACAAAGUACUACCAACACUUGAUCAAGGAUAUUCUAAUUGCUAAUAAACCAAAUUGUGAUCCAUUAACUGAUGAAGAACGGGGUACACAACUAGUCCCAACUGAACAAAAGGACCCACUCAUAAUCUCGGAGAAAUUCCUUCGUGAUUCUGGUAUGAAUAUUCCCAUACCUAAAUUCAAAUGCUUACAAGAAUCUCAUGAUAAUGUGGUGAAGCAAUUGAAGUCAUUACCUGAGCCACCAAGACAAUUUGUUUCCGGUGCGGGUAUAGUUAUCAAUGGUGGUGGUGGCAUGAUUGCUGCUGCGUUGACAGCUAUUGCCAACUUACGUGACCGUGGAUCUUCAUUACCAGUUGAAUUAGUCUUGGAUACUCCUGAAGAAUACGACAAACAAAUUUGUGAAGACUUGCUCCCCAACAAACUAAAUGGUAAAUGUGUUGUUGUACAAAAUAUCAUUGGUAAAGAAACCUUUGAUAUGGUUGGAGAUAAGUUUGCCCGUAAAAUGCUUGGUAUAAUCAUAUCAUCUUUUGAUGAUACAAUCGCAUUAGAUGCUGACAAUUUCCCCGUUGGAGAUAUUGACAAUUUACUUUAUACUGAGCCCUAUCUUUCAACAAAGAUGAUUUUGUGGCCUGACAUUUGGGUUAAAUUAACCAGUCCUUAUUACUAUAAAAUAGCCCGAAUCGAAAAGGGAGAACCAACCCGUCGUUUUGGUCUUGCUAAUGACGCUAAAUAUUCCGAUUACAUACAAAAGGAUAAACAAACUGAAAUCCAUUUCCAUGAUUUCGCCAAUCUUCCAAGUGCAAUCUCGGUUGAAACGGGGCAAAUGGUAUUUUCCAAGCGUGAGCAUUUCCGAGCAUUACUUUUGGCAUUAUACUACAAUAUAAACGCUAAAGGGUGGUAUACCGCAUUGCUUUAUCAAGGUGCAUAUGGCCAAGGAGAUCGUGAAACUAUUGUUCCGGCAUUACAUGUAAUGAAUGAACGAUAUCAUUUACAAAAUCAAAAAUUGCAUCGUUGGGGAUACACUGCCGGAAAUGGGAAAUUCACCGAGGGAACAUUGGGUCAAACUGAUCCUCGUGACAAUCCCGAAUUUUAUUACGAGUGGCAGAAGUUCUUAAACUCAAGACAAUUGGAUACCAGAUUAAACCCUUUCCAAGCCAGUUCCUUUACUGACAGUUUGAUGCUGCAAUUUAAAGAAUACAAGAAAAAGAUUAUUGAGGAUAAAAAGAUUGAAGAUGAAGAUACUGCUCAUCGAUUAAUCGAAUACCAAUUACCAAAGUUGUUAUUCUUGCAUUGUACCAACCCCAAAAUUGACCCUGUGAAGAACGCACAGGAGGGAGAAUUUGGACCUUAUUCAAGAAGAAAUAUUGGACCCUUAGAUGAAGUCAAACCAUUUUUCGGUAAAAAGGAUUGGGAAUUACGAUUCCAUUCAUUGGCAAGAUGGGUUGCUUGUGAUGCCAUCAAGAGUCCUGAUUAUUGGACCAAAAUGGCCAAGAUUGAUCAACAAACUGUAUGUUUCAAGAUUAACAAGUAUAUUAAUUUCUUGAAAGAGGAUUCAUUCGAUGCGUCAUUUGAAUUUACCCUGGAAGAUGGACAGAAAUUUAUUAGCACCAACCGUAAUAGUGCCAAGCUAGGUGGCGCCGAUGGAGGUGGCACUGAUGAUGAAAUUAAAGCUAUUGCUAAUCAACAAGCUCAAGAACAGGCGAAAGCUGAAGCUAAUGCUAAAGCUAAAGGUGAAGUAGAUGAUCCAUUGAAAGAGGAUGUCAAAGAGGAUGUUAAACCAGCACAGAAGGAAGAAGUACAUCAACCACAGUAA